GGCCAACCUCUCUGGUCUGAUGGCUCGUCCUAUAACCUGACAGACACUGUGAUGACAUCACUGCCAGCCAAUCAGACAGACUGUUUUGCCCUUCAGAAGAAUGCCACAGGACCAGGAUACUUUCUCACUCCAUUCUUCUGUAACAUCCCCUUACCCUUCAUCUGUCAAUACCAGACCCCUCGAGUCCCUGCUUCAUUCUCCUUCGACCUGGUUCAGGUGACAGAGCAACAGGUAGAGCUCCUUUGGAGUGACUUCUCACCCUUGAACUCCCUUGAUCAUUCAUCUUAUGAGAUAUUCCUCCAGUACCAGAAGGAGGCGAAUGGCGAGUUGGGGCAAAGUGAAGAGGGCACAGGCAGGAUGGCCGAGGACAAAAAAGGGAUCCAGAGCCAGAGCAGUGUCGAAAAAAUUGUGAAAGUCCCCAUCUCCCUCUCUUCCAGAGGGGUCACUGUAGCAGGUUUGUCUCCAGGGAGCGUCUAUUCUUUCACCCUUCGAGCCUCUCACCCUGCAGGCUCCAAAUGGAGCUUGGGACAGACACGAACUGCAUACACUAGACCUCUGCCUCCUCAAAACAUCACCAUUGGUCUUGUUACAGUGAGUCAGAUUAGUGUUCACUGGAUGCUGCCAAAUGCAAAGUACGUGGCUGGAUGGUCAUUUGUUGUUCGCUAUGUGGACAUGUCUUCAAGAGAAGAGAGGAUGGUUGGAAUGACCAACAUCUCAAGCUCAUCUGAGGCUAGUGGGUUGCGGUCAUACACAGCUGCGAUUGGAGGGCUGGAGUCUUACAGGAAAUACAUGGUUGAAAUUUACACAGUCACCCAGAACGGGAUAGAGAGCUGUGGACAGGCGCCUGUGACUGUACAGACUGCAGUGAAAGCCCCCAGUGGUCUGGUGGUGUUGAGUGCGAGUGGAAAUCUGACGGUCUGCUGGACCAGUCCACCUGAUGCCCCUCCAGAUGGUUAUUAUAUCACAGCCCACCCACUCACGAACCCCAGAGCUGCUUCUUCGCUGUGGGUUAACCAAUCCAGUCCUGGGGUACUCUGGAUAAAUCAGUCCAUGUGUGUUGAUUUGGGCUCAUAUACUCCAGGUCAGACUUAUGAAGUAGGAAUGACUGCACUGAAGGGAGAGGACAGGAGCCAGAGCACCACCGUCCUACACACCGCAGAUCCAAAUGCAGUUGAGGUAGCAGUCCCUCUCUCAGUGAGUGCAAACUCUGCACAGCUGUACAUUCAGCAGCCACAGCUGGGUCUGAUUGAUGGGGUGAAAGUGUGUGUGUGUCCAGGAGUCUGUGAUGCUGCUUGCAAGGGAUUAUGUGGGUAUUCGUGCGACUGGUACUCCCUCCCUGCUGGUGUUCAUGUUGUAACUAUUAGCAACCUCAGUCCAGGAUCAGAGUACCAGCUCAGGGUUCACAGCACCAGCCGGGAGCAGACGGGACCACCUUACUACACCCGCCCCAUCAGAACAAGUCUGGCCCCUCCCAGCAGAGUGAGGGAGGGCGUGGUGACAGAUUCAUCUAUAGAGCUGCUUUGGGAUCCUGCAUAUGGACAGGCUCACAGCUAUGAGGUCAUGUGCCUCAACUGUGACCAUUCACGCAUGGUGCAGAAGGUGUUGACUCAGAGUGCAGUCUUUUCUAGUCUGACUCCAGGCAGACUCUACCACUUUGCAGUACGAACAGAGAAGGAGUCCUUCACAGACAGUUCCCCUGUCACCAUCAACAUCACUGCAGCUCCCAGCCCAGUCGAGGUGUUUCUCAUCAAUAAAACCACAUCAUCCAUAUACAUUAGCUGGGGUAUAGCCAGGGGAGUGAUGAGCGCACUCGUCCUGUCAAUCAAAAACAGGACAUCCAAUCAAGAGCUGAUCAUUUCUCAACAGGAGCCCAGAUCUUACAGCUUUGAAGGCCUUGCUCCUGGAAGCCAAUAUACAAUUGAUGUGAUUUGCUCAAGCGGGGAAAGGAAGAGUAAACCUGCUACUAUAAUCCUCCAUACUAUCCCAGAGGUACCACAGGAAGUGGCUCUUUCAGAGCAGGUAGUGACAUCUGUGUUUGUCACCUGGAGACCACCACCAGGACAGGUGGAGGGCUACAAGCUUGUUUUUGGCUUGCUGUCAGUGGACAGGAAAUCAUGGAUUGAGGUGUUUGUCCAGAGCACGAGUUAUGAGAUCAGGGAUUUGAUUCCAGGGUCAGACUAUGGUGUCAACAUUCAGAGUGUGCUGGGCUCAGACACCAGUCAGACGGUCCACAGAGAGUUCAGCACACGCCCUGCAGGACUAUGCAGCCUCCACUUGGGCUAUGUGAACUCCUCCUGUGUCUCUGUGAGCUGGGACGAUGCGUUUGGAGAGUUUGACUUCCACAGAGUCAUUGUGGCCAACGUCUCACUCACAAACACGCUCACCAUACCCAAGGAGGAGCGGGUCGCCGUGGUUACAGGGCUGGCCGAUGGCUGCAGCUACAAUGUGAGCGCCGAGAGAGUGAGAGGAGUGACAGCGGGGAGCGCUGCCUUCCUGACUGUAACCACAGUGCCAUCCCGUGUGCAAGGAGUGCAUGUCGUGAAUGUGUCCGCACAUGCGUUCUCACUUCGCUGGGAGCAGGCAGUGGGGUGUGUGGAUCAUUACCAAGUGAGCCUGCUACCUAAGCAGGGAGAAGUCACAGUGCACCCUGGACACAACGGUUACAUUCAGGCUGAUGUGGUCAGUGUCAGUCCGGGGACACAGUACACUGUCACAGUCACAACAGCCUCCUCUACCAACAUCGGCCCUGGAGUUAGCCGCAUGAUCGAUACCAAUGAGAGUGUUCCUGGUCCACCUACAGGCCUAGAGGGAGAGGCCGUAGGCUCUAAUGGUAUUCUGCUCUCCUGGACCAUGCCUGAUGGCAACAAUAUUGAUGGAUAUAUCAUCAGGUACAAGGAGGUAUGUCCCUACCCUGAUAACGCCUUCACACAUGUGACCAAGAACCUGGACAUACCAGAGACCCUGCUCAAUGACUUCACUUCAGGUUCUACAUACCACAUUCAGGUAGCAGCCAAGUCUCAAGCUGGAAUAGGAGCAUUCAGCAAAUCCUUAUACAUAAAGACUGCUGAGUCUUCCCCUGGCCUGGUCACCAACCUGACAGCAUUUGCCCACAACCACACCUUUGUCAUGGUCACCUGGUUCCUGCCGCAUCGCAUCAACGGCCUCAUCACAAAAUUUGCCGUCAAGGCGAAAUACGCUCGUACGGGGCAGAUGGUCCGUAUCCUGGAGGUCAACGCAGAGGACAUCAUGACUGUAGCGCUGCCUCACUGCAAUGAUGCAGCUGAUAUCCUGUCUCGGGCGACUUUGAGUCCACUGGAGAUAACUGCAUCCUCUCCACCCAUCACCCUCUCAGCCGUGCCCCCUGCAGCUUCCUGGAGUGUGCCCAUAUCGGUGGGAGUUGAUCAGCUGCGACCCUACACUGCCUAUUUAUUCGAAGUGUCUGCCUUCACUUCUGAUGGAGAGGGACAGAUAGCCUCUACUAUGGUCCGCAUGCCAGAGUCAGCCCCAGAGGACCCGCCACAAAACUUCUCUGUACUGAAUAUGACGUCAAGAUCUAUUUCUGUGUCCUGGAACUCACCCAACAUUAUCACAGGAAAAUUCACCUACACGCUUUACCUUUACGGACCUACAGGAUAUCUGUACGAGAACAGCACAGGAGACAUGCGGUUUGCUUUUACCAGUCUGACCCCAUACACAAGGUACAGGAUGGCUGUCCGAGCCAGGGCGGCUGGGGAAGUGGGUCCGGCAGCGGAGGAAGAUGUAAUUACACCUGCUGAAGCACCCAGUGCAGUACAGGACCUGGUGGCUAUAGCUGAGGAUUCAGUUUCAAUCCGAGUGAGUUGGAGAAGCCCCGCUCAGCCCAAUGGUCCCAUCACCCAGUACAGAUUGCAGGUCCUGGUAGAUGAAACUCUGCUGCAGGACAUCACCCUCACUGCAGAAAUGAAUACAACUGAUUUGUACCAAGAUGCGACACUUCCCCCUGAUGUCCAUAACAGCCCAGGGCGGCGCAAGAGAGCUGUUGAGCUCAGUUUGGUCACGUCUCCGCCAACUUUCACAGCCACUGUUUCUGAACGCACUCAGCCCAACAGCAUGACUGAUUCCAGCUUCACACAGUCUGCACUUAUUAGCCCUGACCAUAUCGCCAACACAGAUGUCCAACCGGUUACAGUUGACCCCAUGGUCACUGAGAAGCCCAGCACCAGUCACGCCUCAUACUCUGACAGCACAGUCAGUCAGUCAUCUGACUCUUCAGUUUUUGGGACCAGUGCUCUUUCUCUUACUUCUGUGCCACCUACUACACUUCCACCCUGGCUGACAAAGCAGUCACAUGCUGGCGAUAUGACCUCAGAUCUCUCCCCUUUGGCCCUGACCUCAAGCCAGGUCCACUUGUCAACUCGUGAUGCAUCGAUUACGGGACACUUUUCAACUCGCAGUGCAGCAGCUUCUGGGACUACUGGUGUAACGGUGAGAGAGGAGGUGAUGGACGUUUUGUCUGAAGAGUUGUCUUACCUGGUGUCAGAUCUAUAUCCCUUCACCGACUACACAUUCAGGGUUACUGCUUCCACCACAGUGGGAGAGGGCCCUGCCUCAAAUAUAACUGAGAAGACCAGGGAGCAGGUCCCUACCUCAGUGCUUGAAGUGUCCUAUCAAAACAUCAGCUCCACAUCCAUUGAAGUCAGCUGGGUCCCUCCACUCUCCCCCAAUGGACGGAUCACACAUUAUACUGUCUAUGUUCUCAAACUAAACAGUAACCAGGCCCUGAAGUUGGUUACCAACACUACCAGCAUUUUGAUAGCAGAUUUGGAUAAGUACACUGGUUAUAAGCUACGUGUGGCUGCAUCUACAGUUGUGGGAGAGAGCUCUCUUUCUGAGGAAGAUGACAUCUUUGUUCAUACCUUGGAGGAUGAGCCUGACUCCCCCCCAGAGAACCUCACUGUGGUAGACACCAGCCCCUCCACUGUCACACUGACCUGGUCUGCACCAGAGAGAGCCAAUGGGGUGAUCCAGCGUUAUGAGGUCCUGUAUGAGAAUGAAUCCUACUCUGAUUUGAUGAACACCUCUUCUAACAGAGUGACUCUGAUGGGCGUGAAGCCAUUCUCCUACUACAACGUGUCAGUGAGGGCGUACACUCGUUACGGCCACGGCAACCAAACGUCAGACACUUUAUACCUCCUGUCUGGAGAGGAUGUCCCAGGCAGUCCUCCGUACAGCCUCACCUAUGAGUCGGUCAGUCCCAGUGAGGUGAAUGUGACCUGGCAGCCUCCUCUGCUGCCUAACGGGGUCAUCACCCACUACAGCCUGGAGCUUUGGAAUUCCAGUCACUACCUGAACCUCACCUCCCCGACCAACUACAUCCACAUCACGCACCUGCGGAAGUACGCGCACUACCGCGUCGUGGUGCAGGCACACACAUGCGUCGGGCCCGGAAACUACAGCAGCGAGCCGCUCAACAUCACCACUCUGGAGGAUGCUCCAGACACACCUCCUCAGUACCUCCAUGCCAGAAAGUUGUCAGACUAUGAGGUAGAAUUGUCAUGGCAACCACCACUUGAAGCCAAUUCAGACAUCCUCUACUACGUUGUCAGAGUUUGGAAUGAAACAAGUGAGCUGUGGCAGAAUGUGACAGAGACAUCAGUGGUUAUUAAUGUGGACUCAGAGAGUCGCUACAAUGCCUCCGUCUCCAGCUGGACCCGACUGGGAGAUGGAGGCGUGCUGAUCUACAUCAGCUUUACCACCAUAGAUGCAGAGCCAUUUGACCCCCCGCAGAAUGUGACUGCUGCUAAUGUGACUGCCUCCUCUUUCACCUUGCUGUGGCACCCGCCCACUGAGCCCAAUGGAAUCAUUGUACACUACACUAUUUACUACUCUGACAAUAACACUGUGACUGAGCAGAGGGUUCCUGUUUCAGACUUACCUGCACCUGCCUCUCCUGAUUCACUCCUCUCCUACACUCUGACACGGCUGACUGGGGGCACUAACUACACCGUGUGGAUGACCUCCAGCACUGUGCAGGGGGAUGGAGGGGUCCGGAGCAAGACGCUAACCCUGUUCCUACCAGAGGAUGUGCCAAGCGACUCAGUUUCAAACCUGACGGCUCAGAUCUUCAGCUCCACCGCCAUCAUCGUCAGCUGGGACCCUCCGCUGGAGCCAAACGGCCGUCCUUAUUACCUUCUCACCUUACAGGAGGCCGGUACCCCCCCAGAUGUAUCCAGCCAAGGGACUCCAGCUGUCAACAAGACAAUCAAGCAUACCACGACUGACAAUGUCUUCCUAUUCACCAAACUCAAGAAGUAUUUCCCUUAUGUGCUGACAGUUACCCCGGCAACUGGUGCUGGCCCUGCCUACAACCACACCAGCACAAUGUACCUGAGAACGGAUGACGACAUACCUAGCUCUGCUCCAUUACUGGUGUCCACCAGGAACGUGUCAUCGUCCUCCAUCGCUGUGGUCUGGCAGCGCCCUCUAGAGGCCAACGGGGAGAUAACUGAGUACACCCUCACGCUGUUCGGCCCCGGGGGUUCCAACACGAUACAUACCCUCAACACCUCGUACAUCCUUACUAACCUACUUCCGUACACGGCUUACAACCUCACUAUUUCAGCAGCAACACGUAAGGGAUCAGGGCCUUAUCUGAUGCUGCAGCUGCACACUGAUGAAGGAGGCCCCAUGUCCCCUCCCCGUAACCUGACUAUAUACAACCACACGGCAGUCUCUGUGUGGCUGAGCUGGGAGCCUCCUCUGGAGCCCAACGGUGUGGUGAUACAGUACAGCUUCAGGAUCCGAAACCUCAUCACACACACCGUCACACAUCAGAAUUCCUCUGGACCAUCAACCACAGAGUAUCUAUCAGGCUUCAGGCCUCACAGCUCCUAUGAGAUCAGUGUUUACAGUUACACCAGAGUGGGCCAUGGGAAUCAGUUCAGCAGCCCUGUGACUUUCACGACUAACGAGUCAGUAUCUGAUGCUGUGGGGAACCUGUCUUGCUCAGGAGUGAGCUGGGAUUCAAUUCAGCUGUCCUGGGAACUUCCCGCCAACCCUAAUGGCCAGAUCGUUUUCUAUGAAAUUCUCGUGGAGGUAGCCUCGCAGUCCUACACACACCAGGCACACUCACUGGAGUACACAGUGACUGGGCUGUCACCAGACCAGGAAUAUGCACUCACUGUGGCUGCAGUCAAUUCCGCAGGACCUGGAGACAGAGUAAACUGUACUGCUUCCACUCUCUCUGAAUCAGUCCCGGCUGCCCCUCGCUUACUCACCAUCUCUCAGGUCACACCUAACAAUAUGACACUCCAGUGGGCUGCACCGCUCUCUAUACCAGGCCUGCUGAAAGAGUACCACAUCAUUGCACAGCUGCUUUCGACUGUUUGCGAAGCAAACAUCCUACCUACUGCACGGCCGGCCUCAGAGGACGAACUGACCUCAGACUGCGUUGACUCUCACGUUGCAGUGUCGGUGAACGCUUCGGACGACAGUGACAAGAACCACAACAGCAUCACACUCCAAUCCCUAAAUAAAUACAGAUACUACCGCUUCAAAGUGGCCGCCGUGACCAACGCUGGAGUUGGAGAGUAUACACACUGGAGUUAUGCACGCACCCUCGCUGGAAACCCUGAUGCCCCUCCCCGUGACCUGAAAGUGACCCCCACCUCCAAUAGCCUUCGCAUUGCAUGGGAGGCCCCAGCUGUCCUCUCUGGGCCAACUUCUUAUCUCGUGCAGGUGGAAGGCCCUAGUGUGAACAUCUCAACAGUCCGGGCUCCAGGAGAGUUGAUGACUGUCGUUGUGACUAACUUGACUGCUUUCACCAGUUAUUCUGUGACUAUCACUGCCUUCACUGGUCCACUGGAGCUGGCUGCCAACGAUGGGAAAGCUAUUGGACCUACUGAAUUUCAAACGCUGGAGGAGGAGCCCAAAGACCCUCCCAAGAACGUGAUCGUAUCAAUUAUCCCGGAGGAAGUGAACCGCGUGAAGGUGACCUUCACGCCCCCAGAAGAGCCCAAUGGAAAUAUAACAUCCUACUUUGUGUACAUCUAUGAAAAAGACCAACUGGUCAAGAACAUGAGCCUUAAUAUCAUCCAGAGAGAGCAUAACACCCUGACUGCUGUUAUAGAGGGCCUGAAAGGAGGAAACAGCUACAGCAUACAGAUUUCAGCAAGGAACGGGGCUGGUAGGAGCCCACCCAGCCCACAUGUCCAGAUAACAACAGGAAUCAAAGCCCCGGCCAAGCCAAACCAAAGACCCCAGGCAGUGCUGGGCCAUGGUGGGGUUGCCAUGGUAACCCACAGGAGUAUCACCAUCCGCAUGCCUGCCUGUUUCUAUAGUGACGACAAUGGACCAAUCACAAAAAUUCAGGUCAUCGUGGCCGAGUCAGGGGUGAAGGAUAUCCAGAACCUGACCAACUGGAAGAAUGCGUUUUUUGACCGUCCUGCCCCUUACUUGACUGACAAGGGGUUCCCCAACCCACCGUGUUUUUUGGGGGACGGGGCAUCGCGCAAGGCUGCACACGUCAGAGGUGGUCACAACGCGUCUGGAGAUGGCUGGCCCCUGGUGAGGCACAACCACACUACAGCAGCAACGUACGUGAUUGGAGAGAACGAUGACUGUGCGCGGGAGAACAACACCGACAGUCUCUGCAAUGGACCUCUGAAGCCUAACACGGUCUAUGUGUUUAAGUUCAGAGCCACUAACAUCAAUGGCCAAUACACAGACUCUGACUACUCUGACCAUGUCAAAACUGCAGUGGAUGGGCUGUUGACCAGAGAAGAGCAGAUCAUUCUGGGUGUUCUGCUUUCCUUCUUCUUGGCUGUGUUACUCAUCAUCAUCAUCUGUGGUUCAGUCAAGAUCCAUCAGCGCAAGAAGGAGGGUGGGACUUAUUCACCCAGAGAGGCAGAGAUCAUAGAGACCAAGUGUAAACUGGAUCAGCUGAUCGCUGUUGCAGAUCUGGAGCUGAAACAAGAGAAGCUAAACCGGCUUCUCAGCUACAGGAAAUCACUCAAGCCUGUCAACAAGAAGUCUUUUCUGCAGCAUGUGGAGGAUCUGUGUGCCAACGACAAUGCCAAGUUUCAGGAAGAAUUUGCUGAGCUGCCCAAGUUGCUGCAGGACUUGGCCACCACCGAUGCUGACCUGCCCUGGAACAAAUCCAAAAACCGCUUCCCCAACAUCAAACCUUACAAUAACAACCGAGUGAAACUGCUGUCAGAACCAGGCACCGCGGGCUCUGACUACAUCAACGCCAGCUUCGUCUCAGGCUACCUGUGCCCCAAUGAGUUCAUUGCCACCCAGGGACCUCUGCCCGGCACAGUUGCGGACUUUUGGAGGAUGAUCUGGGAAACGGGAACCCGCACCAUAGCCAUGCUCACACAGUGUUACGAAAAAGGCAGAAUUCGAUGUCACAAGUACUGGCCCGAGGACAACAAGCCAAUGUCAGUGUUUAGUGACAUUCUCAUCUCAAAAGUGUCAGAGGAAGUCCUUCCAGACUGGACUGUCAGAACCCUGAAAGUAGAAAAGCUUGGACACUACAUCCUGGUUCGUCACUUCAACUACACAUCAUGGCCUGAGCACGGUGUGCCAGAGUCCUGCAGCACUCUCAUUAAGUUUGUGAAAGCUGUCCGAACCCACAGACAUGACAAUACCACUAUAGCGGUUCACUGCAGUGCCGGUGUGGGAAGAACAGGUGUGUUUAUUGCCUUAGACCACCUCAUUCAGCACAUCAGGGAUCACGACUUUGUGGAUAUUUAUGGCCUAGUGGCCGAACUGCGCAGUGAGAGGAUGUGUAUGGUGCAGAAUCUGGCCCAGUACAUCUUCCUGCACCAGAGCACACUGGAACUUCUAAACAAUAAAGGCAACAGCCAGUCCAUCUGGUUCGUCAGCUAUUCCGCUCUGGAGAAGAUGGACUCCCUGGACGCCAUGGAAGGUGAUGUUGAGCUGGAAUGGGAAGAAACCACCAUGUAAAGACAAAAACCGAGGGACACCCGCAACUGAGGGAGAGCAAGAAUCUUAUUUUUUUCGGAGUCUUUGGGAUGUGACCUGAACGCAGACCCUGGACUGGACCACCUCUGCCACGCAAUGGAAGAGGAACAGCAGGAGGAGAAACAGGAGGUGAACAACACAGUCUGAACUGAACAGCUCUGUCAGUCGACUUAAAGACUUUGUUGCUCCACUUCAACCCACUUCUCAGCAGUCCUCCCUUUAUUGAACCUCUUGUCUACUAGUUUUCAAAGAGAGUGAGAGAAGCAAAAGGGAGACAGGGACAAAGAAUUUCAGAAAUGACUGGGAUACAGGAGAAACGGCGAGCUGAUGGUGAGAGCUCUGUCACAUCUGUGAGCCUACAGGUACUGUGCACAAAUUGAUUUCACUGUGUAUUGUAAUUACUGAAUUAUGUUGAUAUCAUCUAUGUUUUUGUAAGAUAAAUUAUUCAGCCAAAAUGGUAUUUUUUUUUCAAUCUCUUUGUAAUUCUACCUGUGUCGAAGAGUUGUUCAUCCCUCCUCAAGUGUGAUUUGCAAAAAAUAAAGCAACCUGUAUUUUU